AUGAAUAAGAAGUCGACUAAUCGAGUACACCAUCGUCGACUAAUAGAUUACACCAUUGUGGCAUCGUCGAUCAAUAACAAGCGAUUGCGACCAGUCGACCAUCGUCUAGCAAGCAUCGUCCAGCAAGCUCCUCUCUCUGUCGUCGCCUCGUUGAAGAAUCGUUGGAGAAUCGGCAAUCCAGGAAAUAUGAAUUCAAACAGUCAAAAUCAUGCUCCAACUGCAAGUAGUCAAGAUGUGGGAGAUAUUCGCCAAUCUAUCUUGGUGCAAGAAAAAAAGAAAGUAGAUGAGCAUCAUGGAUUUAGGAAGUAUGUGGGAGGUCUUCAACCUUUGUUUAAGAAUUAUGAGGUUUAUUUACAUGCCUUGUCCGCAUACAUCUGA